CCCAAUCACUUUAUUCCAUUCACUUUCUCCCCCAUCACAUUCCUCUCUUUAGGGUUCCAUACCCAAACGAUCGAUUUCCUGAUUCUUCUUCAUUUCUCUUUUCCCUUCUCCGAUUUCUCGUUAGGGUUUCACAUCAAAGAGAUGGGUCAGAUCCAGUACUCCGACAAAUACUUCGAUGACACUUUUGAGUACAGGCACGUCGUUCUUCCUCCAGAAGUUGCUAAGCUUCUACCAAAGAAUCGUCUUCUUUCCGAAAACGAGUGGCGUGCGAUAGGAGUGCAACAAAGCCGUGGAUGGGUACAUUACGCGAUUCAUAGGCCCGAGCCACAUAUAAUGUUGUUUAGAAGGACUCUUAAUUACCAACAGUUGCAGGAGAAUCAAGCUCAAAACGUGGUUGCUAAGUGAAAUCAAGGGCAUAGUAAAGGUUAUGCUCACAAUUAUUCGAAUAUGGGUACUUAUGUUUCUUGUAAAACAUGGUUUAUGAACCAUCCUGAUGACUUUUUGUGUUCAUGGGUUUAACUGACAACUUCUUAUGUUGUGUAAGUCUGGUUCAGCUGUGGAUUCUUCUGCCUUCUGCUCCUUAUAUUUACUUAUUUCUCAAUAUAUUCGUGGUUGAUUUCA